GAGAACAAGACUUUUCAACGCAAACCAAAAAAAGCCUUUAAUCUUUUGGUUCAGCCAAAGAAUCCAAAGGCCAAUUGCAUUGUUUAUUCGCGAUAUCACAAGAGCCUAAUGGAAAUCGUGUGCGUAUGCUAGUGUCUCCAUUUGCGCUGGCUGCGCAGAGCCAUUUGUGGUUUAAGCUACCCUGGACAACGCGCGCGAUCCAACAGCAACAUCACAGGUGACAGCCCUCUCCUUUCACCCUUGGAAUUGUUCCCAAGCGGAACACGUUUAAUCCGCUCCCAUGGAUGGAGAAGAAACGCGAAGAUCAUCAAUUCAAAUACCACUACCCUCGAAACCUCGUCCAUAUAGACCCGGCGACGGUCCCCCUUUAGCGCCUCUGAGACUCAGACCCGAACGAGACCACUCGACCGCGCAUUUAAUCGACAAGCGCGUAAUACCUGGUAAAGCUCGUAAUGGUGAAUUGCAGCUGCAGAUGUGCUACGUAGUUGGAUGGAAAGAUCUACCGGCUGCGAGAGUAGCUAUCCUUGCGACAAAUAUACUCGAUUACGUUUCACCCGGCGAGCUAGAGAACUUCGAGUACCAGAAACAAUUAGAAAGAGAUACCGGCAAGGAAACCGACAGGCGAGGAGCAUUGAAAAAAGAGGAGUUAGAUUUAGACUUAUUAACCAUUGCGAAAAAGAAGAAAGCAGUGAAACCUACAAGCGCGAUGGGAACUCCGACAACACCGGAUCCACCAACCCCUUCUGGUCGGAGGCGUCGAGGUCGACCGAGUAAAGCGGAGCUUCAGGCGCGCGAACUCUCUAAGCAGGCGAGCGUCAACGAUUCUGAGAGUAUCGAAGUAACGCUACCACCUACGAACACAUCAGGCCCGUCAUUAUCGACGCCGCAAAAGAAGCGCGUUAGAGAGAUUGUGACCGAUAUGGAGGAAAUGGACGAGGCAGAUGCGGAUGACGCGAUACAACAACAAUUACGCAGAGAGAGUGACGAUGCCGCUGAAGAUAUGGAUAUAGAGCUGGAUGGAGAUGAGGAUGAGGAUGAUAAGGGUGAAGAGACUAUGUCACUGGACAGAGUUCCCGAGGCCACGUCCUCGGGUCUCGAAAUCAGCUCGUAUGCUAGAAAUUUAUGGCUUCAUAAGGACACGACAUUGAUCAAGAGCGCUAACGGCAAUCUUGCACUGAAGUCAUCUACGAGUCACGUCCCCGUACCCGAAGUACUUCGAUCCAACAAGCGACCUUGGGAGCUUCCAGCAAUAACACCUCUCCCACCACCCAUGCCCAAGCCACGCAAACCAAUUCAACCAGUAAAUAGCCAACCACGCAAAAUACCUAUUCCACCUGGCAGGAAGCAAUCCACAACUCCUGUUCCAGUCCCCACACCAUUGAAAUCAGACAAGAAGAUUCCGCGACAAUAUCCCCAGCAAUUUCAAUUGCAAUUCCAACCGAAGCCAGAACCAUCAGUACCCAAACCACCCGAAAACAAGCAAUCUACAACACCUGUCCCAGUACCUCAAUACCCACGCUUCACAAAUAAAAAAUGCGAGCCUUCUUCAUCAGCCCCGCCUCCCCAACCACCCAAACCUAACUCGCAGCACCAUGGCUUUACCCCCGCCGGCCGAAGCUCCGGCCGCUGGCCCUCUGAAAUACCCCAAUCCUCCGGCGAGUUAGCCGUAAAUCCGCCCUUUAAAGGUCAAACCAAUACCUCUCCGCCCCCAAAGAAGUGUACACCUAAAUCGAAAACCAAGUCCACCACUGGCAACGGGAAGAUGUGGGUAGUAUCGCGUCUCGAAGGCGAUAAACUAGUCCACGCGCAUGGCUUGCGCACCCGUUUCUUCAAAGUACGGUGGGCCGGCGAAUGGCCCCCGGACCAGAACCCCACCUGGGAGCCGGAAGACAAUAUUCCCCCGGAAUUAAUUAAGGCAUACCUCAAGGGCAAGGCCAAGGCUGCAACGGGCCGUCGCAGGACCACCGGCUCGCUGACUAAUGGAUUCGACUCACCGAGUCGGAACCUCCGCUCCAGUCCCCUAACGCUGAAGAGAAAGUACUCCAGUGUCGCGGAAGCCUUCGCGGGGGACGCGGAUGAUCUGGACGAGCUACGAAAUAGCGCGGACAGUGGCGGGGAAGAAAACGCUACUGUUAACGGCAGCGGCGGAAGGGGUAAGAGGAGGGAAAUAGCACGAUACAAUUACUACGAAGAUGAAGAUGGGGAGGACGAGAUCCUAGUUGUCACGGCAGAUCAGGAAUCAAGCUUCAAGAGACGGGAAACCAAACCCAAGGAGAGGAUGGACGAGCUAGGCGCGGCUUUUAUGAGAGACCUCGCCGCCGCCAUCCAGCGCGGAAGUGGUGCUGAGAAGGGAAGUGGGAGUUAAUUAUUAAUGACCUAACUUAUCUAGGCCAGUUUUUGACUUCUUGGCAUGGCUUCAGGAGUGCAUUCCAUCGCAUUGCAGUAGGUGUUGCUUGGAACCGGAGUGCUGGAGAUAUAAGCGGUGGAGGGAGAUUUGUAUGCUUCGCGGAGAGGAGGCAUGACCAUGAGUAUGAGUGACCAUUGGCAUGCAUAAUACCCUACCUACCAUCCUAUUCGCAGAUGCUGAAGCUACGAAGAUUCCUAAUUAAUUAGCAGACGUCUCGUGCUACCGAUACUAAUAAAAAUUGUCAUGAAUCCUACUCCUCUUUACUUUCCCCCCUCCCCUUUAACCAUAAUAACUCGCCGGACACCUACGAUGGCAUUUAAUUAAUUCUCGAUCGCAUCACAUCACGUAUAACACGAGUCAAAGUUGGGAUCAACGACAGAUGUCAAUUGAUCGAGGUCCCGUGUCUCGCAUAAGACACGCAGAGAACCUCUCCAUAUGUCCUUCCGUACGUACAAGCAAACUCGAAGUUCCUAGCCAGCCCUCACUAAAACCGCCGCCCGCGCGAAAAAAAAAAGAUUCAAGAUCCAGUUUUUCCACCGGCGCAACUCCGCGAAAAUGCAAGACUUGGUACCUAAGUAUGUCAAGGUUAUGUAUCCCC